AUGUUUCAAGACAAUAUGUCACGGAAGGGGAAGAAUGUUAUGGGAGACGAGACGACUGUGAUUGGGAAUGGGAACGGGAACGUAACCCCUCUUGUGAAUAUCAAUCAUCAAACGAACCAUCGUCAGUUUCAGAAUGGUUCAUUUGAUGGAUCAGGAUAUUUCCCAGGUGGGUUCUGCCAUGCUGAUGAAAUUCCCUACAGUACAAGGAUGAAUCAUCACACUUUUAUGAUGAACUCAAACGGGUAUGAUCCGGAUACGUUUGAUAUAUCUGAAAGUCUUAGUAGAAUGAGUAUUGGUAACGGUUUUAGUAAUGAUUACUCGAUUCCUAGAACAAAUCCGUCUGUUUUUAACAGUUAUAACUCAUCUGGUUUUGGUGGAUUUAAGGGUUCUGAUUUAGAACUUGAUGACAGUGAAUUUUGGGGGUUAUUAUCUGGGAGUAAUCAUUCUGAAAAUCCUUAUUCCAAUAAUCACUAUAAUGGAGAUAAUCCAUAUCUACAAAUGAUGGGUACAGAUGGUUUUGAGACAGCAUUUAACCGUGAAGGUAGCAUUGUUGUUGAUGAGAAUUCAGUUCAAAACAAUGAAUCCUUUAAAACAUACUCACAAUGGUUAGAGCUUCGUGAGAAUGGCUCGAGUUUUCUUAGCCCUUUCAGGAGUAAGAUACAUUUGAUAGCGAAGGAUCAACAGGGUUGUAGGUUCUUGCAAAGUGUACUUGGGGAAGGAACAUUUGAAGACUUGAGGAUACUGUUUAAAGGAAUGAUCAGUCAUAUUGUUGAACUGAUGAUGGACCCUUUUGGUAAUUAUUUAGUACAGAAAUUGUUGGAAAUCUGUGAUGAUCAACAGAGAUGGGAGGUUGUGAUCAUGGUCACUAAAGUGCCUGGAGAUCUUGUCAGAAUUUCUUUGAAUACACAUGGCACUCGGGCAGUACAGAAGUUGAUCGAGACUUUAACAAACAGGGAGCAAAUUGCUCUAGUUGUUAUGGCACUCAAACCUUGUUUUAUUGAUCUUGUUAAGGACUUGAAUGGUAAUCAUGUUAUACAACAUUGUUUGGAAAAGUUCAGCAGGAAAGACAAUGAGUUUAUUUUCGCUGCUGCAACGAGAUUUUGUUUUGAUAUCGCAACUCAUCAGCAUGGAUGUUGUGUUAUGAAUCGGUGUAUUUUACAUUCGGUUGGGAGUGAUCGCGAGAAAUUGGUUGCUAAAGUUGCUUCUAAUGGACUUAUCCUUGCACAAGACGCAUUUGGGAAUUAUGUUGUCCAACUUGUAAUAGAGCUGAACAUUCCUUCAUCUUCUGCCACAUUAAUGUCUCAAUUUGAAGGAAACUAUGUAUUUCUUUCCACACAAAAAUUUAGCAGUCAUGUGGUUGAGAAAUGCCUCAAGUUCAUGGAACAAAGUCGUGAAAGAAUCGUUCGCGAGUUAUUGUUGGUUCCACGAUUUGACCAAUUGUUGAAGGAUCCCUAUGCCAACUAUGUUGUCAAAUCCGCACUUAUUAACACCAAGCUUAAGGAACCAGUUCUUUAUGAUUGGUUAGAAAAGGCGGUUAGUGAUCAUGAGUUUCUUUUACGUACUAAUCCCUUUUGCAAGGAAAUUUUAUCGCUUAGUCGCUCGAGGAGGUGAAGUUAUGUGCUAUGGAUGUGUGCCAAUAUUUAGAAUUGGAGACUAUGAGUAUGAAGAUGAAUUCUAGCUUAUUACUAAUAAUAUUAUCUACACUAA